AGGAGGCGGGCGGCAGGUGCUGGCCGCAGGGUGCGGAGCUCUCCUCAGAACCCCCCUUCCGCUCUGACCCCUGCGCCGGGCCGCUGGGCGCUCCCCUGACGGGCAGCCCGGAGCCUCCGCCAGAGACUGUCAGCCGGAUCAGGCACCACUACUGUCAAAAUAUGGGGUCAGAAAGUCAGCAGAACCCUGGCUGUAAGAUCAUGACCUUUCGUCCCAGCCUGGAGGAGUUUCGGGAUUUUGGGAAGUACAUUGCUUACAUGGAAUCCCAAGGAGCUCACCGGGCAGGGAUUGCCAAGGUGAUUCCUCCUAAGGAAUGGAAGCCUCGAAAAACCUACGAUGACAUAGAUGACAUGGUUAUUCCAGCUCCUAUCCAGCAGGUGGUUACUGGACAGUCAGGUUUAUUCACCCAGUAUAAUAUACAGAAGAAGCCAAUGACUGUGGGAGAAUACAGACGUCUGGCCAACAGUGAGAAGUACUGUACUCCACGCCAUCAAGAUUUUGAGGACUUGGAGCGCAAGUACUGGAAGAACCUGACAUUUGUCUCACCAAUUUAUGGAGCUGAUAUCAGUGGCUCACUCUAUGAUUCAGAUGUGGAAGAAUGGAAUAUUGGCAAUCUGAACACCCUCUUAGACAUGGUGGAACAUGAAUGUGGCAUUAUCAUAGAAGGUGUAAACACUCCCUACCUCUACUUUGGGAUGUGGAAGACAACAUUUGCUUGGCAUACAGAGGACAUGGAUCUGUACAGUAUCAACUAUUUGCAUUUUGGGGAGCCAAAAUCCUGGUAUGCCAUACCCCCUGAACAUGGCAAGAGACUGGAACGCCUGGCAAAAGGAUUUUUUCCAGGAAGCUCUCAGGGAUGUGAUGCUUUCCUCCGGCACAAGAUGACCCUUAUUUCUCCCUCAAUCUUGAAGAAAUAUGGGAUCCCUUUUGACAGGAUCACCCAGGAAGCUGGCGAGUUCAUGAUAACGUUUCCUUACGGUUACCACGCGGGCUUCAACCACGGCUUCAACUGUGCUGAGUCUACCAACUUUGCCACUUUGAGAUGGAUUGACUAUGGAAAAAUGGCAACCCAAUGUACUUGCCGCAAAGACAUGGUGAAGAUUUCCAUGGAUGUCUUUGUGAGGAUUCUGCAACCAGAACGUUAUGAUUUAUGGAAACAAGGAAAGGACAUUGCUGUCCUGGACCAUAUGAAACCCACGGCUCUGACUAGCCCAGAACUAGAUGCCUGGAAUGAGGCAAAACCAGAGCUGAAGUCUAAACUGCUUCGCAGGAUAGGAGAUGAGGAAGAGGACAACAAACACCGGUCUCACAGAAAAAGAAGUCAACCAAGAAGACAUAAAACAGAGGAUCAGAAGUCUCUUGGGGAUGUCAUGGGUAUGGAAACUGCCUUGGAAGAUGUUAAAGUGAAAGAGGACCUGAAAAGAGGGCCAGAGCUGGAGGAAGAGGAGAGAAGCAAAGGCAUUGAAGGAGAAGGUGACUGCAAAGUCAAGGCCCGUCCUCCGAAAGUCAAAGGGGAGAGGAAGAAGAAACACCUUUUCCACCCCCUGCAAGCACCUCAGCCUCCUCUGCAGCAGCAGCCAUCACCUCUGCCACCACCUCCUGUGCCCCAGCAGCAGAUGGCAGAGGAGGAGAUGGCAGCACGGCCACCAGGACCUGCCACAGCACCCACGGUGGCCACAGCAGAGAAGGCCCCAGGUCCCCUGAACAUCAUCCACCCCUCAGAGGCACCAGCUGAGGAAGAUGACUUUAAACCUCGGCCCAUCAUUCCCAUGCUCUAUGUGGUUCCCCGGACCAAAAAGGUGGUGUUUGACAAGGAGCACAUGUCCUGCCAGCAGGCCUUUGAGCAGUUUGCCACCCAAAAAAGCCCAGGGUGGCGGGAGCAGCCCGUCCCUCUGGAAAUCUCUGUGAAGGAGGAGGAGAACCCAGAAGCAGAAAACACAGAGGUUGCUACAGAGACUGCUUCUGCUUUUUCCAAAAUGAAGAUGGAGAUCAAGAAGAGUCGGCGUCACCCCCUGGGCAAGCCACCCACCCGCUCCCCCCUGUCAGUGGUUAAACAGGAGACCUCGAGUGAUGAGGAAACACUUCCAUUUUCUGGGGAGGAAGAUAUGAGCGACCCAGAGGCUAUGAAAUCUUUACUUUCCCUCCAGUGGAAGAAUAAAGCACCUAAUUUUCCAGCUGAAAGAAAAUUCAAUGCAGCUGCUGCCCUGAGUGAGCCAUACUGUGCUGUCUGUACCCUCUUCUACCCCUAUAACCAGUCCUUACAGAUGGAUAAAGAAGCUGUCCCAGUCUCUGCAGGGGAGACCACCUCUUUCAUCCACCUUUCUAAGUGUGGACAAAAGACAAAGCCUCUGAUCCCAGAGAUGUGCUUUACCUCAAGUGGAGAAAACACAGAGCCUCUUCCUUCAAAUUCAUAUAUUGGAGAGGAUGGAACCAGUCCCUUGAUUUCCUGUGCCAAAUGCUGCCUGCAGGUUCAUGCUAGCUGUUAUGGAAUACGUCCAGACUUAGUCAAUGAAAGUUGGUCCUGCUCACGGUGCUCAGCCAACGCCUGGGCAGCGGAGUGUUGCCUGUGCAAUCUCAGGGGAGGAGCUCUUCAGAUGACCACUGAUGGGAGGUGGGUCCAUAUAAUCUGUGCUAUUGCUGUCCCUGAGGCCCGUUUCCUCAACGUAAUAGAGCGUCAUCCUGUGGACAUCAGUGCUAUUCCAGAGCAGAGAUGGAAACUGAAAUGUGUCUUCUGUCGGAAAAGGAUGAAGAAGGAGGCAGGGGCCUGCAUCCAGUGCUCCUACCAGCACUGCUCCACCUCCUUCCACGUCACCUGUGCACACGCGGCCGGCGUGCCCCUGGAGCCUGAUGAUUGGCCCUAUGUGGUCUCCAUCACUUGCUUCAAACACAAAGCAGCUAACCAGAAUGUUCCCUUUCGAAGGGAAGUGACUCUUGGACAGACUGUGAUCACAAAGAACAGGAAUGGACUCUACUACAGAUGUAAAGUGAUUGGCAUGACCACACAGACCUUCUAUGAAGUGAACUUUGAUGAUGGUUCAUACAGUGAUAACGUUUACCCAGAAAGCAUUAUUAGCAGAGAUUGCAUCCAGCUGGGACCCCCUCCAGAGGGUGAGCUGGUUCAACUGCAGUGGACAGAUGGAAUCAUCUAUAAGGCCAAGUUCAUUGCAGCCCAGAUCAGUCAGAUUUACCAGGUCGAGUUUGAAGAUGGUUCACAGCUCAUGGUAAAACGUGGUGAUAUUUAUACCUUGGAGGAAGAGCUUCCCAAGAGAGUGAAGUCUCGCCUGUCCCUCAGCACUGGGGCCCCUCAGGAAGAUGUCUUUUCGGGAGAUGAAGUGAGACCAGCCAAGCGUCCCCGACUGGGGAAUUCAAGAAAUCCUGAAGAAUAUGGACAAAACCCAGAUUACUUGGCUUUUAUGGAGAGUCUGUUGCAGACACAGUACCAGCCUGGGACUCAGAGCAACAUGUUUUAACCAGGAUUAAUUA